AUGCCAGUCGUCUACGAUCAUACAGACCCACGAUAUAUACGUCAUGCAAAUAAUAUAUGGUUUAGAUUCAACGACAAAGAAACUCAAGGUACACUCCACCCCUCUAAUUGGACAACAUGUUACUACGAACAUAUUGGAGGGUCUGCAGGAGUAUCCACUGUGGUCAAAAUUGAUCGCAGUGAACAUUUAGUGGACGACAAUUUCAUAUCGGUGGUUUGCGAAGAUGUAGAAGCAUUUGUGAAGCAUCAGACGGAGGAAUUGGAAUACUUCUCUUUAAUUACUUUGGAUACAUACGGAGAUCAGAAAAUGCUGGAAACAAACAUCAACAGAAUGUGUCGAUGUUUGGAAAACUCAUUGCAAUCAAGAACGGAAAAGUUGAAAUUGAAACAUUUAUCUCUGUCAGUUCUUGAAAUAAGUCAAGUUGUAUCAGCAAUUAACCUACUCGAUCGUGAUUGUCUAGGAAUAGUUACAGUACGCUUGCCGUUUGAAGAUCAGGUAUUCACAGCUGAAGACUUCAUACCUCUGAGAGAAGGAGAGAAAAGGCAGAGGUUCUACUUGAGUAUCUAUUUACACAAGUUCUCAGUGGAAGUAUUGGAGGAAGUGAGAAAGCUCCUGGCCUACGCUUCCCAAUUCGACUUUAUCACUAUCAACUAUGAAACUAUCGAUGAGAAAUGUAUUGAGUUACUUGCUGAAGCGAAGCACUCGUCACAUGGGAAGUCUGUCAUGUUUUCAAUAGAUUACUCUGAUGAUCCAGAAGAAAUGGCCAGGAGAAUCCAUGGAAUUGAUGAAGAAUGUACAAUUGAUCUAGAUGAAAUUUCAAAAACUGAGCAAUGGAGCAAGGUGAAGGCAUUGCAGAUAAAAAAUUUGACUGUUCGGAUGUCAAUUCAAGAGAUGAAUAUUCUGAAUUUUGAGAAGAUUGAGAUUACUUUGGAAACAAUGUCGCAGGAGGAUAUCAUGUAUUCCAGAAAGGCGAGUUCUUCUGAAUAG